CAUCGUUUCCUUCUCAUCGCAGGACUUGCUCUCCGUAAACACUGCCGGUGGGGGUUUAGUGUCAGACAACCCAUGACUUGUGUUAUAAAAACUGGAUUUGGAGUCGUCUUAUAGUUAAGUGACACUCACUCUGCUCUUCUGACUGAAUCCGGCGUGUUUACUUUAAUGCCUCGAUGGUGAAGUUUGACUGGUCAUGAUGUUUUCACUGGUUCCCGGGGCCGAGGGAGCAUGUGGGAGUCACAUGUGUGCAGGAGAUGAGCAGUGAAGGCCUCAGCAUGAACAGCACCACUCCUCCUCCUCCUCCUCCUCACGGCGGCGGUGGAGAUGUGGCCGUCAGCUACGUGCUCGUGCCCUUCUUCCUCCUCACUGUGAUCGGGGUCCUGGCAGCAGUGGUGAUGUACAUAAGGAGGAAACGGAGGAUUGAUCGGCUGCGGCAUCAGCUGCUUCCGGUCUACACGUACGACCCGACCGAGGAGCUGAACGAGGCCGAACAGGAGAUUCUGUGGAAAGAGGAAGACACAAAGGUGGUCCAGGGUUGGAUGAGGACCUAUCAACAGCGCAGACCCUUGCUUUCAAAGAAUCCUGAUGCAUGAAAAUAAAGAUUCACAAGAUGGACAAUUUUGAGCAAUACGCUACUGUUUUUUCCACGGCAGUUUGAAGCGAUGAGCCUAGAAGAGCUUUAGUGAAAUGAGAAAUGACUCAAGCGUUGGGAUCAUACUUGUUCACCUCAGGUCUCCUCUUGCAAAUAUAGUCCAUUUAAAGUGCAGCUUUGCUGUCUGAAUAAGAAGGACGUUAAUUUGCCACUGUUACAAUGAAUUUAUUUAUUUUAAUUGUAUGUAUUUUGCUGAUAUUCUGUGCUAUUAAAUCCUCGUGAGAGCUGUUUAUUUUA